CUCUGUCUUAGCAGACGAGCUUUGUUUAAUUGUUUUGUUUGUGGCUUUACUGAAACACCGAAUCCCGUAAAAACGUGAAAUUAUUAUGGAGUUGAACAUGCUUACAGCAUUCGGAAAGCAGUUUGUUCGUGGUAUUUCAACUACAGCUUGCGCUUGUGGAAAACGCAACUUUAAGAAAUUUCCUAUAUACAACAAACGCGGAACGAAGGAUUUUAAAGCAAAACAGGCAAAAAGUCCUCAUCCAGAUGUCCCGAUUCACACUUAUGGAGUCAGACCCAUUGGAUACAAAAAUGGGUCUGCUUUUGUGGAAAUCAAAGAAUUGAUUCCCGAAAUCAUUGUUCCUGACUUGACUGGUUUCAAGCUGAAGCCCUAUGUAUCAUACCGUACGAGUGACAUUGUGCAACCACCUCUAACUCCAGAAGAAUUGUUUGGUGCAGUUUAUGUGAAGAAAAUAACCGAAGACUUUAAAGCGGGAAAGCUGGGACCAGACAACCAGUCUUUAGAACCCAGUGCUGCAGAGAGACUCACACCUGAAGAAGCAAAAGAAAAAGUUUCAUCAAUUAGAAGUGACAUUGUAUGAAUAAAUGUCUUUAUUUCUCAUUAAUUUUUCACUUGUGGAUCAGUUUGAAUACAUAGAGCAAUAUAGA